AUGAGUGGAAUGGGAAAAAUGUUUGAAGAAGCUAAAUUAGAAAUUACGGAGAAAUUACGUGCUACUUUACUUGUUUUAUAUUCUUUGGGAUGUAAAAUAUUAGAAGGAAAAAUUGAAUCUGGCUACGAUGUGAUUUUCGAAACUGACAAAAUUUUUGCAUACGGUUUGAAUGAUAAUUUUAAAAAGGUUCUAAAAGUUUUAUCAGGCUUAAAUCCGGCAAAAGAUACUCCUUUAAAUGAAUUAGUUGAGAAUGCAGAAUUACUUGAUAAACUUGCUGGUAUUGGUUCUAAAGUUGAAAUUAAAUAUCCGAAAUCAAGUAAUCAACCUAUAAAUUUUGCUUUAAUGAUUGAUAAUGUGGGAGAUGCUGAGAAAAUGUCUGGACAAUUAUUGUCAGAAAUUAUUGAUAAAAUUAUGUAUGAAGGUAAGCAAUCAGACCUUACUUGA